AUGACAUCUGUAAAACCGAACGAUGUUCAUGUCAAGGGCAAGGUAAAUUCGCAAAGUCUUUGGUUUGGUCAAUAAAUCUGACUAUACAGUAUUUUCUCACAGCAGUUUUUCCAACCAUUACUUUUAUUCUGAAUUUAUACAGAAUAUUCAAGCUCUAAAAGCUCCCUACAGCCCAAACAGGCCUUCCCCUAAAAAAAUUGAGGCAAUGAAAAUAUUUAUAAAGCAACAGUUAUGCUCUUUCGAGACUAUAGCAAGAAUGCUCAAUGUUGCCAUUGCUACAGCAGAGGUAUACACAAUCGAUGGUUAUUGUUCUGGUGCUCCGGUGUCUUACAAAGAUUUGGCAUUAAAACUCAAUCUCGGCGCUGAGGACAUGGAUGUCAUUGCUUCACAGUUGCAAAAAGAUAACGAUGGCUUGCGAAUUGUUCAAGAUGCACUUAAAAAUACAUACAGUUAUAACCAGAUACGUCUUGUGUUAGCUGCCAUGAUUCGAGGAGAAAUGUAA